GUCUUCACUCCACUUCGACCGCAGAACUCGGAGUGGCUCUUCCUCUACAGCCAGUGCACGACCAGCAUCAUGAAGUGGAUGGUGGUGGCCUUCGUCUGCCUCCAGCUCUUGGAGGCAGCUGUGGUCAAAGUGCCCCUGAAGAAAUUUAAGUCUAUCCGUGAGACCAUGAAGGAGAAGGGCUUGUUGCGGGAGUUCUUGAAGACCCACAAGCGUGAUCCUGCUGGGAAGUACCACUUUAGUGACCUCAGCGUGUCUUACGAGCCCAUGGACUACAUGGAUGCUGCCUACUUUGGUGAGAUCAGCAUUGGGACUCCACCCCAGAACUUCCUGGUCCUUUUUGACACCGGCUCUUCCAACUUGUGGGUGCCCUCUGUCUACUGCCAGAGCCAGGCCUGCACCAGUCACUCCCGCUUCAACCCCAGUGCAUCCUCCACCUACUCCAGCAACGGGCAGACCUUCUCUCUGCAGUACGGCAGCGGCAGCCUCACCGGCCUCUUUGGCUAUGACACCCUGACUGUCCAGAGCAUCCAGGUCCCCAACCAGGAGUUCGGCCUGAGUGAGAAUGAGCCUGGUACCAAUUUCAUCUACGCACAGUUUGAUGGCAUCAUGGGCCUGGCCUACCCUGCUCUGUCUGUGGGCGGGGCCACCACAGCCAUGCAGGGCAUGCUGCAGGAGGAUGUCCUCACCAGCCCUGUCUUCAGCUUCUACCUCAGCAACCAGCAGGGCUCCAGCGGGGGAGCGGUUGUCUUCGGGGGUGUGGACAGCAGCCUGUACACCGGGCAGAUCUACUGGGCACCUGUCACCCAGGAGCUCUACUGGCAGAUUGGCAUUGAGGAGUUCCUCAUUGGCGGCCAGGCCUCUGGCUGGUGCUCUGAGGGCUGCCAGGCCAUCGUGGACACAGGAACCUCUCUGCUCACUGUGCCCCAGCAGUACAUGAGUGCUUUUCUGGAGGCCACAGGGGCCCAGGAGGAUGAGUAUGGACAGUUUCUCGUGAACUGUAACAGUAUCCAGAAUCUGCCCACCUUGACCUUCAUCAUCAAUGGUGUGGAAUUCCCUCUGCCGCCCUCCUCCUACAUCCUCAGUAACAAUGGCUACUGCACCGUGGGAGUCGAGCCCACCUACCUGCCCUCCCAGAACGGCCAGCCCCUGUGGAUCCUCGGGGAUGUCUUCCUCAGGUCCUACUAUUCCGUCUACGACUUGGGUAACAACAGGGUGGGCUUUGCCACUGCCGCCUAGACCUGUUGCCUGGACGCAUGGGCUCCUUCUUCCUUUUGACUCUGUCUCGCCACUAUGGAUUCAGCUUUCCUUUUCUGGACUCUGGACUUUCUCUAAAAAUAAAUAGUUGUUCUUUA